AAUUAACCUUAAAUAACCUGUGCUCAUACAGCUCAUCACUGAACUGAUGUGGAUCCAAAGCUUGAAAAAGUGCUUGUAUUUUGCUAAUUCAGAAAAGUUUGUGUCUUCUCUCUUUGUCUGCAGUGCCCACUCCUCCUUCUAGCUCCAAUCUACAUGAUAUACCCAUCCCCCUCUUCACCAAAAGGCACCAACAAGCCGGAGAACAAGCUAACCAACAGCAGCUAAUGGUAAAAGCCAUGAGAACAGCCAGUUCAAGUAAGAAUAUUCCUUAAUAAGGCACAUUGCAGUUCUAAAUAGCAGUGGGCAUUAAAGCGUCUGAUUUGACAUUGUACACUUAUUGAGCUAGUGUGUAUCUACACCCAACAGCCUGCAUGCAAGCAACUGAAACAGGAAUUAUGACCACCAAAGAAGCAGGAGAGCUUUUCAACUAUGCUGAAAGUGGAACCAGUGUCCUUGGAAUCUUUAAUAUAACCAUGGAGAAUAUAGCAGUAAAUGCCACUGAAGAACCUUUAGAUUUUAGAGGGCCACUGCCUAUAAUUAUAUCCCUUGUGUGCAUUUUUCUCCUUCUAGCAACCUGUCUUGUGUUCAUGACACUCUGCAAACCUACAGCACUAGAUCAGACUUUAUAUGGUCCACAUGAAUGCAUGCCUUAUCAUGGAGAAGAUGCUAGUGAACCACAGCUGAGGCUUUGGAAAAGGUUAGGAUCCUUGAGACGCUCGGUCAGUAGCUUCAGAAGGAGUCGACCUAUUACUCAGUUGCAGAGAACUUGUCCAAGACCUAUGCCAACAAACCAGGACUGGUCCUUUAUGGAGUCCACAAAAAUGUGAACUGUUGAUCUUAAAAGUAAUGUAUGUAUGUUUCAAAACAUAAAUUUGGAUAAAACAACUGAGAUGUCUUGUCUACAAAUAAGGGAAGCAAUAUUGUGCAGAAAAUAAUCAGAUUAAAUGUCUCCCCCAAUUUUGAUUGAGGUAUUUUGUGAAGCAACAUGGAAUUUGAAGGGAAAACAGCAUCCAUGCAAAAUAAAGAAGACACCUCAAUUCUCUGAUGGUUGGCCACUUUGGGAGAUCAGGGGCCUUACCACCUAAAUCUCCAUAUGGAACAUACAGUAUGUACUUAAAAGCCCAUUAAAGGGGUGGUUCACCUUUGAGUUAACUUUUAGUGUGUUAUAGAAUUGCUAAUUCUAACCAACUUUUCAAUAGCCCUUCAUUUUUUCUUUUUAUCGUUUUAUAGAAAUCAUUCAAAUUGUUAAAGUCAGUUGGAGGUACUGUAUGUUAAAAAAAGUUCCAAAUAGAGCAAAUAAUGUACAUUAAGCUGUUUGGUGAUGGAAGUACAUUUUGUACUGUUUGGUUUACACUGGCACCUUCCGUGUUCCAGGCUUAUAGCACCAACCACCCACCUCUAUGACCAGGCCCGUAUUUGUGGAAAGGCCACCUAGGCCCGGGCCUAGGGAGGCAGGAUUUUAGGGGGGUGGCAUGCUGCCCAACACACUCAUAUUGGUCCAGAUGAUGAAAAGUUGCCAGAAAAAAGGGGAGGGGACACGGGCGACAAACGGCAGUGGGCCUAGGGGUGUCCACUAUGGAAAUACGGCCCUGUCUAUGACAUAAAGCCAAGAAAGCUAACAUGGCUACCAAUUUCUUCAAGGGAGACCAGCUGCCAUACCUGCACCUACGGUAACUUCCAAUCCUCCCACUAAUAUACAUAAAGGAAGGCUAACUACAUAUAACAACACUAAGGGGCAGAUUUUUCAAGGGUCGAAUUUCGAGGGUUAAUAAACCCUCGAAUUCGACCCUCGAAG